GCAUGACGGGAAGCCGGGAGGUUCUGGAGCUGAGCGCCGAGAUGGACCCAGUGGUGUUUGAGGAUGUGGCUGUGAACUUCACCCCGGAAGAGUGGGCUUUGCUGGAUCAUGGUCAGAGGCGGCUCUACAGGGAUGUGAUGCUGGAGACCUGCAGGAACCUGGCCUCCCUGGUUAGUACAAGUCAGGAUAAAAGGAGUGCAUCAAGGACUCAGCAGAAUGUUUUGCAGAAUGAGCUCCCCAGUGAAGGCAAGACCGUCUUACUUGCAAGAAAUGAUUCGUGCUCUGUUUUUGGAGCAAACUGGAAAUUUCCUAACAGUGGAGAUCAGACCCAAACCGAGGAAAGGCGUUUGAGAAGUCGUUUGGUGAAGCGGGUCUGUGAAAGCAGCAAAGAUAAUCGAAGUGGAGAAACCAGAAGGCAGAUGACAAGUCUUACCGUGCGUGCGGAUCGUCCUUCUAGAGACAAGUCCUGUCAGUGCGCCAAGAGUAGAGAAGCCUUCACAGAUGGUUCUUUCCCUGAGAAUCCACAAAGAUCCCACCCUGGACACAAACCUCGUCUUUGUGAGGAAUGUGGGCCGGCCUGCAGCUGUGUCUCAAGCCCCAGCCCUCACGUGGACAGAGGCCUUGUAGAGAAACCUUAUGAACCUCAGGACACUGGGGGAGCUUCGAAGAGAGACUUGAAGAGUCACGGUAGUAAAAAAUCUUUGGAGUGCAAGAAAUGUGGAAAAACUUUCACUUGCAUGUCAUCCUUACGGGGUCACGUGAAGGAUCACUGUGGACAGAGAGUCCAUGCAUGUGACGUGUGUGGGAAGGCCUUUAUGUAUCAGUCUUACCUUACACGUCACAUGAGAACUCACAGAGGGGAGAGACCCUAUGAAUGUGUGAAGUGUGGAGAAGCCUUUGGGUCUGCUUCAAGUCUGCAAAGACAUGUGAGGACACACACUCUGGAAAAACCCUGUAAAUGUCAGCAAUGUGGGAAAGCCUUCCCUGGUGACUACUCCCUUGAAGCACACAUGAGAAGACACGAAGAGGACAGAACCUUAGAAUGUAAGGAGUGUGGGCAAAGUUUCAGGAAGCAUCUCCCUUUUGAACGUCACAUGACCACUCACAAUGUCAUGAAACCCUAUGAGUGUAAGGAAUGUGGCAGACUCUUCAGAUAUCAUACAGCCCUUGGAGACCAUAUGAGGACACAUACUGGGGAUAGACCCUACAAAUGUACGGAGUGUGGGAAAACUUUCCAGAAGUGUGAACAUUUUAAUCGUAACAUGGCCACCCACAAUACCGUGAAACCCUAUGAAUGUAACCAGUGUGGCAGAUCCUGCCGGGAUCACACAAACCUGCGCAUCCAUAUGAGGACGCACACUGGGGAAAGACCCUAUGAAUGUCAGCAGUGUGGGAAGACCUUCAGAUAUCUUGGAAAUCUGCGGGAACAUACGACAACACACACGGGGGAGAGACUGUAUGAAUGUCAGCAGUGUGGGAAGACCUUCAGGUAUAACUCAUGCCUGAGAGAACACAUGUGGAAGCACACUGGAGAGAGACCCUAUAAGUGUCAGCACUGUGGAAAAGCCUUCAUUCGUCACCACACCCUUGCACUACAUACUGUGAGAAGGCACACCGAGGGUGGACACUUGGAAUGUAAGGUGUGUGGUGAAACUUUCAGAAAGCAUCAACCUUUCGAACGUCACAUGGCCACACACGGUAUCCUGAAACCCUAUGAAUGUAAGGAGUGUGGAAGAGACUUCAGGUGGCACAGAGACCUACAGGUACAUACAAGGGUACACACUGGGGAAAGACCCUUCAUAUGUGAGCUGUGUGGAAAAACCUUUAAGUCUCUCGCAAACCUUCGAGGACAUAAAAGGACACACACUGGUGAAAGGCCCUGCAAGUGUCAGCAGUGUGGGAAAACCUUCUCGACUCAUGGGAACCUGCAGGUACAUAUGAGGACACACACUGGGGAAAGACCCUGUAAAUGUGAGCAGUGUGGGAAGGCUUUCCUAAGUCCUGGAAACCUGCGAGCUCAUAUGAGGACACACAGUGGAGAAAGACCAUGUAAAUGUGAGCAGUGUGGGAAAGCCUUCACCACUCCUGGAAACCUACGAGCUCAUAUGAGGACACACAGUGGGGAAAGACCCUGUAAAUGCCAGCAGUGUGGGAAAGCCUUCACCCGUGCUGCAUCCUUGCGGGUACAUAUGAGGACACACAGUGGGGAAAGACCCUGUAAAUGCCAGCAGUGUGGGAAAGCCUUCACCCGUGCUGCAUCCUUGCGGGUACAUAUGAGGACACACACUAGGGAGAGACUUUAUGAAUGUCACCACUGUGGCAAAGCCUUCAGGAGUCCAUCGCACCUGGAAGCACACACGCGGACACACACUGGGGAGAGACCUUUUAAGUGUACAGAGUGUGGGAAAGCUUUCAGUCAGCCUCAGUGUUUUCAAGAUCAUUUGAAAAUGCACAACACAAUUAAACCCUGCGAAUGCAAUGAAUGUGGGAAAACAUACAAGUUUCCCUCAUCCCUUCAAGGGCAUAUGAAGAAACACAGUGGAGCGAGAACUUCACCUGUCACUACUCCCUUCAGGAACACGUGAGGAAUCACAGUGGACGGUAACCUUUUGUGAAUCUAAGGACUCUGGUAAGACCUUCUAGUAUUGUAAAGAACUGCAAGUAUAUGUGAUGACACUCACUAGACGAGAAUUGUGUGAAUGUCCACACUGUGGGAAAGCCUUCAGGUGUCCCUCUAAUCUUCGGGGAUCCUUGUGAGAACACAGUGAUGUGAAACCCUAUGAAGUUAAGAACCAUGGAAAAGUCUUCCAGUAUUUCCUCAAUCUGGGAGCACAGACACUGUGCGAAAGCAUUUAAUCUCCCUAAAAUCAUUUUUUAAAUGAGAGCCAAUAUACUGGAGACAAACCCAAAUGGACACAAUUUGGGGAACACUUCCCAUAUAGAACUUCAUGUAUUUUGUUCAUGACACUUGUGGCACGACAGAAAUCAUUUUAUUGUUACAAACAUGGCUUUGUUUUUGCAAGUGCCUCUUCCAUGAUAGAGAUGCGAAGUGUCUUAAUUUCUAGUUCGUGUUGCUGAUAUGAACACUCAUGGUGCUCAGAGUCCUUUGUCCUCUACAUCUGUAGGACAUACACUUUGUUGUCUCAGACUUGAAGUAAUCACCUGGUUAUGUAAAACACAUUUCUUUUCCAUUACAAUGUCUUUUAGACUCAGGUUGAUAAGAACGUGUCUGUGGGAGGAGUGUGUGCGUACAACUUUACAUAAUUUUAGAAAAAAACUUGAAGUUCAUAUUCCAAAAAUUUCCUAAUCUGUGAUCAUCCCAUAAGACUUUUUGAUUGUUGAAAGUUCUUUUCUGUUGCUAAUACUAGAAUUUCCUGACUCUGAAUCACCUCUGUAUUUUCAGUCUUCAUUAUUGAAACACGUGUUUUCACAUAAGUUUUAUCCUUUUAUUGAGCAGAUGUUAAAUUUUUUAAGUUGUUUUUACCUCUUCUGAGAGUUAUUGUUGGUGUUUUUGGUUGAUUUUAUUCCAAUAUGACUUGGAAGAAUGUGCCUUUUGACCAUUGCUCAGGAUCGCUUGUUUUUUUUCCCCGCGGUCAAUGAUGGUGGUGGGAAUAUCUCUGAAGUGCUUUCUUCUUACCCUCAGGAGCCAAAGUCUGGCGUGCACAGUGCCAGUAAUAGCAGCCAGAACUCCUGCCAAAAUACAGCAUAACGUACAUUUUAGGCAUAGGAGCCUCUUCAGUUUUAUUGACAUUGGAUGUAACAACAUUUCAUGGUUUCCAUAAUAUUCCACAGUCCUGAGGUACCCCAGUAGCAUACCAGUUGGACUAGUGUUUGUGGUUUUACCCUUGGCAAAAGGAGAGAGUGUAACUCACCCUGUUGGGUUGGACAUCAAAUGGGAUAGCACUGCUGUCUCAGACCUUCAAAAGAAUUUGCAGGGUGCUUGGACGACUAGGUCAGUAGAUAGUGGAACUCUUAGUAUUGGCAUUGUGGGUUUGAGCCCCACAUUCUGUGUAGAGAUCAUGUAAAAUAAGUAAUCAUCAAAUAACAUCUUAAAAAGAGAAAGGAUUCCCAGAAGCACACCCAAGAUAAUGUUUACUACGUUCAUGCUUUUAAAAAUACCUACCAGUAAACUAUGAAAACAGUCUUUUUUCCUUAGAAGAGUGACCUGUAAUGUCACCGGGACUCAAAACAUGAUGUGUCUGCAUUAAGGAUGAGGGGUUUUGUCUGGAUCCCAGUGUGGUCUGGUUCCAAGAUCAGAUACCAUACGUGUUUAUCUUGAGUUUGAGCAAACCUUAAUUUUUUGAGACUUUAUGUCCCUUUAAAACUAAAAGUUUCAACAAGUAGAUGAUGCCUUCCAUUGAAAGGCAGAGAAUGAAAUUGUCUCCAUAGUGUGAUAAAGUAGAGACGCAGAAGAUUGUCCGCCAUCCAGAGCUGCCUUAGGGGUCCAUAGAAAGUACUGAAGACUCUGCGGUUCCCUGUGGCAUGACUGUCUGUGGGUAUUAUCCAAGUGAAAGCAAAAACUCACUACACUUACCAGCUGGAAUCCCAAUACAGUGCAUAGGUGAGUUACGAUGAAAAAUUCCCUCUAGUGGCAAUGGAUGUCAGUAGCCUGUGGGGUUAGAAACAACAGUGUGGAGGCAUGAACAUGCUACUUAUUGCUGAGAAGUCCUGGAUAGAUGUCCGUUGCCAACCAUUGGGUUUUCUCACCAGGAAAACAGUUUUACAUUGAGUAGAGCUGGGGGAUCAUGAGACGCUCACGCUUUUCAUCUUCUAUCAUGGGCUUGAUGCCCUGAAGUGCAUCUUUAUAGACUAUUGUCUUGUCUCAUUCUCCCAAGAGACUUUGAGAAAUACAGUUUUAUCUUUAUGAGGCAUACUGUGGGUUCUGCCAAUCUCAGCCGAACGCGUUGCCCAUAAAGAGCAAGGUAGCGGAUCCAGUAGGAACAGACCCCAUGGCGCCAUCAGAGACGGAACGUGCAGAAGAGGCCAGGAGGUCGUUCACUUCUCCUGGUUGAUGUUCUGCUCACUGCUGCCCAGUUCUGGAAUUAUGGGCCCAUUUUGAGGGAACCAGAUUCUGGCAUUUAUUUUUCUAAGGAAUGUCAGGUGCACACAUGAGUAGAGGAGAAGCAACAGCGGGGAAGAAGGUGAGUAUCUCUCCAAGGGCCCAGAAAAGAAGAGGCUGAGAGGCAGGAAGAGACCUGCGGAGAUGUUUUUAAGAGGGCCCACUGUUGGAGCUGUUUCAGUCCUUGUAGGCGGGGCUUUUGUGUGAGGGAGUUGGCCCCCAGGAGGGUAGUUCUGGUGUCAAGGGCAGAGACUCAUUCCCAAUGUGCAGAUGGUUCCACCAGUUGGUUAAAAGGGACCCCUGGGAACAGCCCCCAUAGUUCCUCAGAGCCCUGGUUUGGGAAUGCAGAGAAGGUUGGAAUGGCCAGCUGGAAGGCUACAGGUGCCUGCAGCCCUUAUGUGUGUAACCGGCUUUCUCCAGUAUCCUGGCUCUUUGUAGUAAUCACAGAAAGUACUGGUUUCAAAACUGUUUCACAUGUCGCACCUGAAAAUUGAGGGGAAAAAAAGAAAAGGGAGCCUGGGUGGCUCCUUGGGUUGGGCCUCUGCCUUCGGCUCAGGUCAUGAUCUCAGGGUCCUGGCAUGGAGUCCCACAUCGGGCUCUCUGCUCGUCAGGGAGCCUGCUUCCUCCUCUCUUGCUGCCUACUUGUGAUCUCUCUCUGUGAAAUAAAAAAAUUUUUUUUUCUUUAGAGACAGUUUGGAGUCAGUUUUAAUCUUCCUGAAAAGGCCCAUCAGGAUUUUGUGUGCAAGUCUGAAUUUUGUUCCACUCAGCAGGCUUGAGGGAAGAUGGUAGAAUUGCUCAGUAGUAUUUCCAGCAAGUGUUCUAGUGUCCCUGCAGACAACGUGCUGUUCCCUUAAUACUUCUUAAGAUGUUCCUAUCGGGCCAGAGUCACCCAGUGUUUGGCCUGGCCCUCACCAACAAUCAUGUGUAGUAAUUCCUGGAAAUAAAUUUGAAUAACUGUUCACCACACUCUGGGGAUCCUCAGCCACAUUGGGAAAUGCUAACUGUGGCUCAUGGUUCAGUCUCGAAUGCAGGGAACUGAGAUUACUUGGAACCCCAAAUGGGCCUGUUUUAACAUGUUCAGGAGAGGAAGGAUUGAGGAGAGAAUCUGAGGAAAAGGGACCUUCAGGGAAAGAAGGGGUGAGUUCACCGGAGAAGGGGAUGGGGCAGAGGGAAAAGAGGAGGAGGCCACUGGAGGCCUGGUCUGAACACCAGGUGGUGGUAGCUCUGGAGACAAAGAAGAUGGGGGAGGGACAAAGGAUCAAAAGCCAUUUUGAUGCCUUUCAGUGGCUCAUCUCUGUGAAUUCAGAAAUGGUGUUUUGCAGAGAAGCACCAUUAGGUCCUGAUAGCAUUUGGAAAUCUCCAAAAUAGCCAUUGAAGCAGGCAUUGGAUCUGGUUUUGACAGCUGUAGUCAUGGCUGUUAAAUUGGAUUUUGAUAAGGGUCAAUUUGGUGAGAUCAAAAGUUCCCCAUAAGGACCAUUGAUGUUCUAAGUUCUUGUGAAGUUAGUCCAUUUAGUUAGA